GCCGUCCGCGUCGCUGCACCGCCUGCCGCCGCGGCCCCGCUCCAGCGAGACACGCAGCGCAAACAUGGCGCUGCUGACGCCCCUCUUCGCCUUCCUGUACCACCUGCCGCAGGUGUACAAGUGGCUGCUGAAGCCCUACUACGUGGCCUCCCUCUUCAUGUCGGUCGCCUUUCUGGUCGUUCGCAAAACGCCCGGAAUCUGCGACCAUCUGUCCACGCAGCGGGAGGACGGCAACUCCUGCGACUUCGACUGGAGAGAGGUGGAGAUCCUCAUGUUCCUCAGCGCCAUUGUCAUGAUGAAGAACAGGCGAGCAAUAACGGUGGAGCAGCAUGUGGGGAACAUCAUCCUCUUCAGCAAGGUGGCCAACGUCAUCCUCUUCUUCCGACUGGACAUCCGAAUGGGACUGCUCUACCUCACGCUUUGCAUAGUGUUUCUGAUGACUUGCAAGCCUCCGCUGUACAUGGGACCAGAAUACAUCAAGUACUUCGGCGACAAAACCAUCGACGAGGAGUUGGACAGAGACAGCCGUGUAACGUGGAUCGUGGAGUUCUUUGCCAACUGGUCCCCAGAGUGCCAGUCCUUCGCCUCGGUCUACGCCGACCUCUCUCUGAAGUACAACUGUGCUGGUCUGAAGUUUGGCAAGGUGGACAUCGGACGCUACGGAGAGGUGUCCAAAAAGUACAAGGUGUCAGCGUCUCCUCUGUCUAAGCAGCUGCCCUCCUUGGUGUUGUUCCAGGGAGGGAAGGAGUUGAUGAGACGCCCCCAGGUGGACAAGAAGGGUAGAGCGGUGUCCUGGAGCUUCACAGAGGAGAACAUCAUCAGAGAAUUCAACCUUAAUGAGCUCUACCAGAAAUCCAAGAAGCUUAACAAGGCCAAGGGGGGCCAUUUGGACAAGGCCAACCAGUCCCAGUUCCCACCUGUUCCGGAGGAGGAGGAGCCGGAGCAGGCGGGAGCCGAUGCCCAGGGGGAGGCAUCAGAAUCCAAGAAGGACAAAUAAGGUCGCUUGUUCCUCCUCUGUUGGGAUGCUGGGAAUGUCCA